AUGUCCGGGCUGACGCUGGGCCUCAUGUCGCUGAGCCCCGUGGAUUUGGAGGUGCUGGUUCAGAGCGGCACGGCGGACGAGCAGCGACAGGCGGCGGCUAUAAUCCCCAUAGUGGAGAAGCAGCAUGAGCUGCUGGUCACGCUGCUGCUCUGCAACGCCGUCGCCAUGGAGGCCCUGCCGGUGUUUCUCGAUCGCCUGGUCCCUCCAGCUGCCGCCAUUGCUCUCUCCGUCUUCUUCGUGCUGCUCUUUGGGGAGGUGAGCGCAGCAACGGGAGGAGAGGUAAUUCCCCAAGCCGUGUGUUCGCGGUACGGGCUGGCAGUGGGCGCCAAUCUCAUUCCCCUCGUGCGCUGCCUCAUGCUGCUCUGCUGGCCCAUCGCCUUCCCCAUCGCCAAGGUGCUGGACUACCUGCUGGGGCACGACGACCAGCUCUUCAGGCGGCAGCAGCACACCACCCUCACCCCCAGUGUUGGACUACCUGCUGGGGCACGACGACCCGCUCUUCAGACGGCAGCAGCUCAAAGCUCUCGUCAGCAUCCAUGGCGCUGA